AGGGCAGGAGCCUGAUGGGGAGCAGGGCAGUUUGGUCCAAGUGAGGCUGGGCUGAUGGCUUCUCCUGGGAUACUGUGUUGGAUGCCAAGGCCAGGCUGGAAGGGUGUGGGCAUGAUGUGGUGGCCAGAAUAGUGAGGUUGGCCACUGGGGAGUCGAUAACCAUUUUAUUAACCGGUAAGCCUGUGGGUGGACGACAGGAUCUUGGCAGACGGUAUCCUGUCUCCUGGCCACUGUGGUCUGGCCACUGGGAAAGCUGGCCUGGUGGGCCCCUGUGAGGAAGGGUACGCUGUGCAGUCCCAGCAUCGGGGUGGAUCCGUGCAGGGGGAUGUGGCCCCACUGGGUGGGCCAGGCCUCCACAGACCCAACCCAGAGGUGUGGGGUCUGACCUCUCCUGGGAAGGUGGAGGACUACAGGUCAACAAUGAAGCAUCCAUUUAGCCUGGAUGACAAAUCCCAGGUGGGGAGGCUACCCCUCCCAGGGUAAGGGUGGUGAGGCUGCCGGGAGCGGAGACCACAGCCCUGGGGGCCCUGCGAACUCUGGCCAGCCCAGCCCAGAGCUCCAGGGGGUCUUGUGCCCUGAGAGUGGAGCUCUUGGUGGCCCAUGGGGUGGAUAGGCCCCAGGCAGCCCUGCUGGGUGGAUGUGUGGCCAGUGGGCAGGAAGGCCAGCUCCACACACUGGCCCUGGAGUUGGUAGCCCAGGGCGGCUGCAGACCAGUCCAUCCCUGGUGUACGUGGGCACAUGCCAGGCGACAGGUCUGCAGAGGUGCUGUCGGGACAGAAGCGCCAGAAUCUUUUUCACUGAGCAGGGAAGUGGGCCUGGCCAGGCUGGGUAGGUCUCAGGAAAGACAAGAGACGGUAACCUGCCCUUCAGGCGGGCCCUGGGAGGCAGAGUAGGGGGCCUGGGAUUGAUCUGAGGGUGCAGGGUUUGGCGGUCCAGUGUGUUAAGAGGAGCCAGAUAAAACGGAGGUGACCCAGGCCCGCCCUAUACCUCUCAGCGGAGCUGUUCUGAGGGGUAGACAGGGGGCAUCGGCCGAAGCCUCUGGGCAGGGAGCAAAGUACUCGGUCUGGACACUCUGGAGAGCAGGCAGCCUGGGACCAGAUCCCCCCACCUCUGUCCUCACCUGCCUGGCCCCUCCUGAGACUCAGCCCUGCCAGACCCCUGCCCACACUGGGGGCAGGGCCUCCAGGGCUGAUGCUGGCCUUGAGAUCCUGUAUCUGGGAGGCCUUCGCCCUGGGCCCCCCAUCCUCCCUCUUGUUCUCGGGUUCCUCCAUCUGCUCCAACUCCAGGUAGGUCCAGGGUCAGAGGGAACCCCAGAACUGCAGCCCCUUCCUCUUCCCGGGUCCAGAGCCGCACAGCCUUGGAACCCUCUGCCACCCAAUGCCCGUUGCCGAGCUGGGCAAGUGGCCUGGCAGAGAGUCUCCCCCCCACCCCGACCCCCCCGGGCCCUGCCCUCCCUGCUGACGAUGCUGAUCCCCGGCUCUGAGCCGCCCUGAUCCCUUGAUCCACCUCAGUCCCCGGGAGGCCCUGCACAGCCUGCCCAAGGACCUGGGGUCUCUCGGAGCCUAGGACGCCAGAGCCUUUGGCCCACCACGCUGGGGUGGGCAGAGGCUGGGGAACCACGAGGCCGGUGCCUCCCCGGGACCAGCAGCCAAGGCGGGGCGGGUGUUGGCGGGCCAGGAGGGAGGCCUGGAGCCCCGCCAUGCCGGCCGCCUCCACGGAGGGCCAGCCUGUGGCCCUGAGCUUGGCGGAGAAGGCCGUUUGCAAGGUGGUGUAUGGCGCGCCCCGCCCCCGCCCCCUGCUGCUGCCCGUGGGCCUGGAGCUGUGGCUAUAUGUGCAGAAGAUGCGUAACCUGCAGAGGAAGAGGAUGGAGGCCUCAUGCCUGGAGCUCGCCCUGGAGGGGGAGCGUCUCUGCAAGGCCGGGGACUUCAAGGCGGGCGCGGCCUUCUUUGAGGCUGCGGUGCAGGUGGGCACCGAGGACCUGAAGACGCUGAGUGCCAUCUACAGCCAACUGGGCAAUGCCUACUUCUACCUGAAGGAGUACGCCCGGGCGCUGGAGUACCACCGACAUGACCUGCUGCUGGCCCGGACCAUCGGUGACCGCAUGGGGGAGGCCAAGGCCAGCGGGAACCUGGGCAACACACUCAAGGUCCUGGGCCGCUUUGACGAGGCUGUCGUCUGCUGCCAGCGGCACCUGGACAUCGCCCAGGAGCAGGGGGACAAGGUCGGGGAGGCGAGGGCGCUGUACAACAUCGGCAACGUGUACCACGCCAAGGGCAAGCAGCUGUCGUGGACCGCCACGCAGGACCCUGGGCACCUGCCGCCCGACGUCCGGGAGCCACUGCGCAGAGCCUCCGAGUUCUAUGAGAGGAAUCUGUCCCUGGUGAAGGAGCUGGGCGACCGGGCGGCCCAGGGCAGGGCCUAUGGCAACCUAGGCAACACCCACUACCUGCUGGGGAGCUUCAUGGAGGCCACGGCCUUCCACAAGGAGCGCCUGGCCAUUGCUAAGGAAUUUGGAGACAAGGCGGCCGAGAGGAGGGCCUACAGCAACCUGGGGAACGCCCACAUCUUCCUGGGGCGCUUUGACGUGGCCGCCGAGUACUACAAGAAGACGCUGCAGCUGUCCCGGCAGCUCAAGGACCAGGCGGUGGAGGCGCAGGCCUGCUACAGCCUGGGGAACACGUACACGCUGCUGCAGGAUUACGAGCGCGCGGCCGAGUACCACCUGCGCCACCUGCUCAUUGCCCAGGAGCUGGCCGACAGAGUGGGCGAGGGCCGGGCGUGCUGGAGUUUGGGGAACGCCUACGUGUCCAUGGGGAGCCCGGCACAGGCCCUGACUUUCGCCAAGAAACACCUGGAGAUCUCCCAGGAGAUCGGGGACCGCAAUGGGGAGCUCACGGCCCGCAUGAACGUGGCGCAGCUGCAGCUGGUGCUGGGCCGGCUGACCAGCCCCGCGGCCACAGAGAAGCCGGACCUGGCUGGUUACGAGGCCCAAGGUGCCAGGCCCAAGAGGACACAGAGGCUGAGUGCAGAGACCUGGGGCCUGCUGAGGCUCCCCCUGGAGCGGGAGCAGAAUGGAGACAGCCACCAGGUGGGGGAGUGGCGGGGGCCGGGCAGGGACGUGCUCCCUCUCCCCAUGAGGAGCAGGAAGUACCAGGAGGGGCUGGAGGCUGCCGAGAGGCCCCGAGAGGGCAGCCACUCCCCGCUGGACAGCGCGGACGUCCGGGUGCAGGUGCCUCGCACGAGCAUCCCUCGGGCCCCAUCCUCCGACGAAGAGUGCUUCUUUGACCUGCUGAGCAAGUUCCAGAGCAGCCGAAUGGACGACCAGCGCUGCCCCCUGGAGGAGGGCCAGCCUGGGGCCGCCGAGGCCACAGCUGCCCCCACCCCGGAGGAGAGGGUCGCCCAGCCCUCGCUGACGGCCUCCCCGCAGACCGAGGAGCUCUUGGACCUCAUUGCCAGCUCCCAGGGCCGCCGGCUGGACGACCAGCGGGCCAGCGUGGGCAGCCUGCCUGGGCUGCGCGUCACCCACAGCAACCUGGGCCGUCUGCGCGGGGACGGGGACCCACAGGAGCCGGGGGACGAGUUCUUCAACAUGCUCAUCAAGUGCCAGUCCUCCAGGAUCGAUGACCAGCGCUGCCCACCUCCUGACGUGCUGCCCCGCGGCCCCACCAUGCCUGACGAGGACUUCUUCAGCCUCAUCCAGAGGGUGCAGGCCAAACGGAUGGAUGAGCAGCGGGUGGACCUCGCCGGGAGCCCCGAGCAGGAGGUGGGCGGGAGCCCUGAGCCCCGGCAGCCGUGCCAGUCUGGUGCCAGCUAAGAUCCUGCAGCCACAGCCAGGCUGGCCCCACCCCUACUCCUGGCCUCGGGGCCGGGGGGCGCGCCGUCCUCUGUGAUGCCCACGGCCCCGCGAGAAGCCCAUUCCUCUGGAGGCCAUGGCUGACUGCAGGCCCUCUGGCCCUUCCCACUGUGGCAGAUGCGGGGCACACAGCCCCCACGCUGUCCCCCUCCCAGGGUGGCAGGCUCAGGCUGGGGCUGCCCUGGGCGGGUGGGCAUGCCUCUGUCCUGGACCAGCUCCCCGGCGGGACACGGCUUUCUGCAGGCCUGCCCAGCCCGGCCUUCUCCCUGCCCCGUCCCUGCCCCAGGUCCAGCCUGCAGCUUGUUGGUUCCAGACCCUCCAUGGCCUCUCCCUGCCCCGCCCAGCUCCAUCCCUCCAUCCUGCCCGGCAAAUGUGAAAACUGCUGCCUCCCCUAAGCCCCCAAAGGCCGCUCAGAAGCCUUUGCUGUGCGGCCUGCCAGCGACAUGGACGUUUCUGUCCUCCCAGAGGGGGUCCCAGGGAUGACAGAGCAGACGCGCUUGCCCCAGUCCCGGCCUCUUGCGCCCCCCGCCCCCGCCUCCUCUGGGCUGGAGAAGGUGGAAGCCUGUCAGAAAGCCUGGAGCCUGAUGAGGCAGUUGAUGCAGGCCAGGUGCCCCCACGCACGGUUGCUGGGCCCUGGCUCUCGGCCCCCAGCCCCAGCUGGCGCCCAGUCCUGAGCAGGGAGGCAAGGGGACGGGUGGGGAUGAGCCGUGGCACCCCUCAACUCCAAGCCCCGAAGCCCAGGGACAGAACAGGCCUGGUCUGGAACGCCAGCUGGCAGCCAGGUCUGCACCCUGACCACACCAGGGCCGGGGCGGCCGGCAGAAGCUGGGGGGGUUCAGCUCGGCUCAACCCUGGGCCCCCAGGUGAGCACCCAGCCCUCAGUUGGGAAGAUGACAUCACUGCCUUCUCCUGUGGGAGGGUCCAGCCCCCACACAUCGUCAGCCCACGGGAUUGGGCAGGACACUGCCUUGGCUCGCCACCAGCCCUCUGGCGAGCUCCCGGCCCCACGCCAUGACCCCACAGCCCCCGGGGCAUGAGGGGCACCUCCUCCUGAGGUGGUGCCCCUGGGGUCCUCGGUCUUUCUCCAAGGCUCUCCAAGCAAGGGGAGGCAGCCGGACCCCCACCCCGCAGUUCAGCCUGGGGGCCCCGGGCCCGCUGCGACCAUGCUCUGAAGGGUGUGGGUGGGAGCCCGGGGGUGGGGUCAGAGGCCAGAACAGAGGCUUCUCCUGGGCCGCCCCACAUACUUGAAUGUACAUGCAUAUUUAUUGCUCAUGCGUGUUUGCCAUGCUGUCAGUGGGUCCUUUCCAACCCAAGAGGUACAUUUUUUUCUUUUUCCCAAAAAAAUAAAGUCUGCCAAGUGAA